AUGGGAGGGAGAGAGGAAGUGAAACUGUUGGGAACAUGGUACAGUCCGGUCGUGUUACGAGCAAAGAUAGCUCUUCAUCUCAAAUCGGUUGAUUAUGGUUACGUUGAGGAAGAUUUGUUCGGAUCCAAGAGUGAGCUUCUUCUCAACUCGAACCCGGUUCACAAGAAAGUCCCGGUUCUCAUCCACAACGGUAAACCGGUUUGCGAGUCUUUUAACAUCGUUGAUUUGAAUACAUCGAUGAGACGUGGAAAUCAUCUGGACCGUCCAUUCUUCCUUCUCAUCCUCAUGAUCGAGCUCUCGCUCGCUUCUGGUCUGCCUUCGUUGAUGACAAGUAUUUCCACUCAAAUUGUUUCCCUCUCUCGUGGUCAUUGGUUUCCGGCUUUGAGAGCGGCGGAAAUCACAAAAUCGGAAGCUACAAAAGCAAAAGGCAUGGAAGAAGUGGAAGAAGGGUUGUUGCGACUUGAGGAUGUGUUUGUUGCCAUAAGCAAAGGUAAAUCCUUUUUUGGUGGUGAAGAGAUUGGGUUCAUAGACAUUUGCCUCGGAAGUUUUUUGGUUCUCUUGAAAGCUAAAGAGAAGCUUAAUGGAGAAAAGCUUUUAGACGAAUCAAAAACUCCUUUUCUUUGUAAAUGGGCCGACAUAUAUUUGUCCGAUGAGAUGGUGAAGAAUGUGGUGCCAGAGAUCGAUAAAGUCGCUGUGAUUUGGGAUUAUGAUCACCAUUGUAAAUUGAGAUUGAUCACAUGGCCAGCCAGGCCACUUUGGUAG